AUGUCGACUCCGCACAUUCUUGGUGGGGAUCUCUCCGAACUGGUCCGAGAUUCGCGGCUGGAUGUCAUCUUCGAACGGGGCUGCACCAUACACCCCCGGGCUGCGGCAACCCGCCGAGAGAAUUACAGCCAUGAGAAAUGGUUUCCACACCAAAAUCCGGUUGGGAAGGGGGGGAUGGGACUUGUUUACGUCGAGGAGAGGGAGAGAGCCGGAUCUCGCCCUGUCUCGUUGCGCGCAGUCAAGAAGAUUCAACUCUCAGGGCGCCCGGAGCAGAAGAAGAUGAUUAGACGCGAGUUGGAAGCCAUGUUUAAAUUUUCACAGCCUAGGUUCAAGGGCCUCUUCAUCCAGCCUUAUGGAUGGUUUCUUAGUGGGGACUAUGUCCACAUAGCCAUGGAAUAUUACGAGCUUGGAGACUUGCAAAAGUAUCUCGAUCAUCCGUCUACAUGUCCAAAUGGCCGGCUGCCCGAGCAUGAGGUUGGCAGUAUCGCCUCGCAGAUUCUGGACGCUCUUUAUGUGAUGCACCAGCACAACUUUUCCCACUGGGAUCUGAAACCUGCAAAUCUUCUGAUUAAACAACAGCCUCCCAACCCUUGGCUCAUCAAGCUGGGUGAUUUUGGCAUCAGCAAGCGGGGAGAGGCAAUCAGCAAUUUCACAUCGCUAGCUGGGACGAUAGACUACAUGCCUCCAGAACAUCAUGGAUAUAGGUCUCGGUCCGGUGGUGAUAAUUCCCGAGCCGUUGAUAUGUGGGCUUUUGGAUACACAAUCUUUCGACUCUUGACUGGCAAAGGCAUGUUCCGCGAUGGGCAGGAGCGCCACUCCUUUUUCAGCAACACAUCGCCCUUCCCCGAUCAUGUUCUGCGAAAUUUACAGAUAAGUGAGGAUGGGAUCAGUUUCCUUCGGAAGCUGGUUGUUGUUGAUCCUGGAGCAAGGAUCGACGCAGAAACGGCAUCACGGGACCCAUGGAUUGAGAAAUAUGAUCAAGAGCAGCAUCAGCAUCCCCAGCAACAUGCCUCUGUUGCUGGACCAAGACACACAAGUCAUUAUCAAUCUGGGGGAAAUCCACCUAACCCUAUCCCGGCCGUCGAUGUUCAUUCCCACACCUCGUCGACAGAUACCACUCUAUAUCCCGGCUGUCCCUCGCCAUUCCCCAACAGGCUGAGCACUACUGAGAGUCAGCUUUAUACGGUAUCAAGUCAAUCUACUCGUGCCUCUGCGGCGUGGCCAACAGCCAGCUACAUAGCUCCCAACCACCAUCCAAUUUCUUCAAAUGGAGGCAACAACACGGUAUCAAGACAGUCUACUGGAGCCUCUGCGGCGUGGCCAACGGCUACUUACACAGCUCCGGGCCAUAAUCCAAGUCCCUUAGAUGGAAGUGAUACCACGGUAUCAAGUCAGACUACCCGAGCCCCGGCGGAGUGGACAACGGCUACUCAUAAAGCUCCUAACCAUAAUCCAAAUAUUUUGGAUAGGGGUAAUACCAUGGUAUCAAGCCAAUCUGUCCAAGCUUCCGCAGCGUCGCCAACGGUAAAACGAAUAACUCCCAGCGAUGGUUUAGAUUUCCUGGAUGGAGGGAAUAGCAUGGCAAGAAAGGAUGACGCUGAGCUCUUUUUUGCCGACGCCUCCAGCCAGCACAGCUCGAACCGUCCACAUUCGGUGUCCAUGUCAACUCCCACGGCUCAAACGUAUCCUCUAAAUCCCGGGCAUGACGCUACGAUUGCACGAAGGUCUGUCCAUGGUCCGUCGGUGUAUGCUCCUGAUAGCUCUCAACCAAAGAGCACGCCAUCGCCAUCUGCAAAAGGGCCUCCAAGAUUCACUCCUGCCCCCUUGGCUGUCUCGCAAGACCUCACAGCACCCAGCGAACAGUACCCCCUUUUUCGGCAGAGUCUCAAUCUCAGCCAGCACGAAUAUCCAUCCAAAUCACAUCAUGAACCAUCUACGAACAGUGCUGAACAGACAUGGUCGGCAGAUCUUCCAAUUGGUCCUUCGCGUCCUGGAGAAGAUAAUGCGGUCCCAACUAACUCAGACCAACUUGAUGCCUCAGUAAACGACCGACCAGAUGUCCCCUAUGGGGAUCGCGUUCAGAAAGCUUUCGUGAUAGAGCAACUUGAAAAGCUUCGCGUACAAGACCACUUUGAUGAGAAGUAUAAAGAAAUCACAAAUGGCGAUUACGAACCCCGAACUCUACCUGAAAGACUUCAGAUGAUUGAAGAACUUGAGAAGGUAUUAGGGAAGGAUCACUUAAUUGUCAUUGAUGCACGUUGCGUUAUCGCUAAGGAGGCAAUCGACGAAGAGGGAAACCUUUUCGAAGCGGUGAGGACAUAUCAACGCGCCCUUCUUGUAAAGAAGAAGAUGUUUGGAAGCGAUGACGCGAGAACGCUACAUAGCAUGCACGACUUGGGAGAUGCGUUGUCGCAUUACUACAAGUUUGAAGAAGCGGAGCCCAUCUGCCGCGAAGCUCUCCAACAGAGAAGGAGAAUACUUGGCCCUUCAAACAUCGACACCAUUGAGAGUUUGGGGGCGUUAGCUGCCUGUCUCCAGGGGCAGGAGAACUUCAGCGAGGCUACUCCGAUGUUCCAGGAGGUUGUGGAAGUAAGGAAACGGUUCCUCGGGCCUACUGAUAAAAGAACUGUUGAUGCCAUGGUCUCUCUGGGCAUUUGCCUAAACCGAGAAGGCAGAGUCCACGAUGCAGAACCCAUUCUCCGCGAGGCUGUUCAAAUUAUUAAGAGGGAGCCAGAUAGCUACGAAAAGCGAGCGCCAGAUGCUGUCCACGUAUUGUGCCUCACUCUAUGCCAGCAGAGCCGAGUUAAAGAAGCGGAAAGGCUUCUACGAGAAGACUCGGAUCAGAGAAACCCCGAAAAUUUCUGCACUAUGGAGAAUCUCCAUUGGCUAUGCUUUGCCCUAAACGCCCUGGAACAUUAUCAAGAGGCUCAGCCGAUGUGGAAACGCCUGGUCAAGAAGCUAGAAUGGAGCCUCGGCAGGGGUAACAUAACGUCAAUGAGGACUAAACAGGAGUAUGUCCAGCAUCUCAUCAAUUUGGGUGAUAAGAAGAAAGCCUUGAAGAAAUCAAGAGAAGUUUUCGAACGCAGGACGGAAGUCCUCGGCACCACUCAUCCCGACACUCUUCACACCAUGCAAUGGCUCGGCCACCUUCUCCUUACUGAGGAGGGGCCAACAGAGGAAGGACUCCAAGUUUGCCAUAGUGCCUAUCGCCUCACUGAAGAGGCCUGGGGGGCUUACCAUCCAAAUACUUUCACCACUUCGUUCUGGCUUGGUGAUGUACUCAUCAGAACCGGUAGCAUCAAAGAAGGUCGCGAGAUACUAGAAGCUCUUCUCCAUAAGCAAGAGCUCACCUUUGGCAAAGCUCACGGGGACGUAAUAGUGACGAGGGACAGAAUCGCCGCUUCUUUCCUUGACGAGGGUGACAAUGCCAACGCAGAGCAGUCGUUCAGACAGAUAGUCCAGUUGAAGGAAAUUGAAUUGGGGGUGGAUGAGCCGGCCACAAUCGACGCCAUCUAUAACCUUGCAGACUUCCUUGAUCAGAGCGGCAAGUUCUAUGAAGCAGAAGUUCUCUUCAGGAAAGUCCGAGCGCAUAGAGAGAGGAACUUGGGGCAACACCACCCCGAAACUCUGGCAGCUGUGACUGCACUCGGGCGGGCACUGUAUUCGACAAAUCAGUAUGCCGAGGCAGAACAGGUCUUCCGCACUGCUCUUCAUGCCUAUGAAGGAAGGGCUAACGAUGAGGUUAUGCAAGCGAAUUUGCAAGAAUGUCUGGCGGUGACAUUAACAUGCCUGAUGCGACAUUCCGAGGCCGAAAAGCAUUACUAUUGGGCGUGGUUACUACGAAAGAAUGCCGUGGGUGAGAAUGAUGAGACCACGCUCGAGUACAUGGUCAAAUAUGCACUCUACCUAAAGGACAUCCAGCAAAGGGCGGACGAAGCAGAGACUCUGAUACAAGAUGCCGUCCGACUGUAUGAAGAGCUGCUCGGCGCCGAACACCCGAAGACUCAGGAUAUUAUGGCUACAUAUGUCAAUCUCCUUCUCGAAAAUCAUAACUAUACAAAAGCGAUCGAAGUGGUCAAAGAGAUCAGAAGCUACGAGGAGCAUACUAUAAGUAAAUAUUCUCCCGAGUUUCACACGACCAUGCUGUGUCUGGGUCACUCGUACAGUCUCAACCAACAAUUUAGGUCGGCAUACGAAACCUACACGGAGCUUCUUGAGUUACAGAAGCAGAGCCUAGGCGACCAUGAUGCGGCAACGCUGGAGACCUUGCAUAGGCUUGCGGGGGUAAGAAUGGAGCAGGGCGCGUACAUUGAAGCCAUGGGUCUCGCGAGCAAAGUUGCCAAACUGCGGUCACAAUAUCUUACCGAUGGCUCCUGGAAGGAGAGCCUGAGGUUGGAGGAGGAAUGCAAGGAGCGGCUAUUGCGUUGA